AUGUUUUGUCUCUCUCCAGUCUGUAGACCUGGUCUGCAUGAGAACCCCCGGAGAGGCCCCCUGGCCCAGGUGCCUGAGAAUGAACAGGAGCAUGAGGAGGAAGAUUUUGGAGUCCUGAUGGAGUAUGUCGGUGAGGAGCAACAGGGGCAUGUAGAGGGACAUGUCGGUGAAGCCAUGAAUGGCUUUGAUUUUAUGGAAGAACAGAGGCAGGAGGAGGAAAAUGUCGGUGAAGCUAUGAUUGACUUUGAUAUGAGGGAAGAUCACAGGCAUGAAGAGGAACAUUUAGGUGCUCUGAUCGAGUAUUUCGGGGAGGAGGAACAGCGACAUAUAGAGGAACAUGUCGGUGAAGCUGUGUUUGGCUUUGACAUGAGGGACGAACAGGAGGAUGAGGAAGAACAUUUAGGAGCUCUGAUUGAGUUUUUCGGGGAAGAAGAACAGCAACAUGAAGAGGAACACUUUGGUGUUAUGAUUGAGGAUUUCGGUGAGGAGGAACAGGUGCCUGAAGAGGAAAAUGCUGAUGAAGCCAUGAUUGGCUUUGAUCUGAGAGAAGAACAAGAGCAUGAAGAGGAACAUUUUGGUCUUCUUAUUGAGGAUUUGAUGGAGGAGGAACAGGCACUUGAUGAAAGAAUUGUGCUGGAAAAUGCUGAGAAUGAUGGUGGCAAUGGAAAUCCGGACUACAGAAACGAGCACAGGAGCAUUUUCAUGGAGUUACCACACUCUUCUUCUGAAGCUGGGAAGAGCUUUGUCAUGGGCCAUCAUCAGGAAAGCCUGGGAAAUUGCAAAGACCUCCCCCAAGAGGCCAUGCGAAGGACCCAGCAGAAUCUAACUGAUGAAGAGCCUGGAAGUUCCUCCAGCUGUUCCAGGCAAGACAGGAACCCCGGAAUCCCAGAGCAAUAUAAUGCCUCCACAAUGUCAUGUCCUGAUGCCUCCACACCGCCUCAGAAUGACCCGACCCAGAAUGGCCCUGUCUCUGAAAACCACCUGGAAGUUUCCAAUAAUGUUGAAGCUCAUAGCUCCAUUGAUGCUGGUCCCUCUGAGGGCCACAGCUCCAGCAGCCCAGAGACCCAGAGCAACUCCAGGAAGAGGAAGAGAAAGAGCAACUUUCCAAGCUCGUCCUGUAACAGCCCCGAGACAGACGACAACGCCUCCACAAUGCCACGUCCUGAUGCCUCCACACCACCUCAGAAUGACCCAAACGGGAAUGACCCUGUCCCUGGAAACCACCUGGAAGUUUCUAAAAAUGUUGAAGCUCAUAGCUCCAUUGAUGCUGGUCCCUCUGAGGGCCACAGCUCCAGCAGCCUGGAGACCCAGAACAACUCCUUCACGAUGCCACGUUCUAAUGCUUCCACACUGCCUCAGAAUGACUUGAUCCAGAAUGUCCCUGUCCCUGGAAACCACCUGGAAGUUUCUAAUAAUGCUGAAGCUCAUAGCUCCAAUGCUGCUGGUCCCUCUGGGGGCCAGAGCUCCAGCAGCCUGGAGACCCAGAGCACCUCCAGGAAGAGGAACAGAAAGAGCAACUUUAACUUUAACAGCCCUGAGACGCACGACAGCCUCAGCAAGAGGAGAUUAUUUCAUUAA